AUGGCCUCACAGGACUUUGACGAAGCUAUCAAGGGCGCCCUGCCUUCCGACUUUACAUGGGGCUUCGCAACAGCCGCCGCACAAGUCGAGGGAGCGUGGGACAAAGAUGGGAAAGGGGAGUCAAUCUGGGACAAGUUCGCACAUACUCCAGGCAAGGUGAAGGAUGGCAGCACCGGCGACGACGCUGUGCGGUCCUACGACCUCUACAAGACCGAUGUGGCUCUUAUGAAGCGUUACGGCGUCACUGGCUACCGCUUCUCUCUUUCUUGGUCGCGCAUUAUCCCUCUUGGCGGGAAAGACGACCCGGUGAACGAGGCGGGCAUCGCGUACUACAAUCGCCUCAUCGACGAGCUCCUCGCCAACGGCAUCACCCCCUUCGUCACCCUCUUCCACUGGGACACGCCGCAGGCCCUCGAGGAUCGAUACGGCGGCAUGCUUGACAAGGAGAAGUACACGCCCGAUUUUGUCCGCUACGCCCGCGUCUGCUUCGAGAGAUUCGGCGACCGCGUCAAGGAUUGGAUCACGUACAACGAGCCCGGCGUGUACACUUUGGCAGGUUACGCGGCCGGCGUUCACGCCCCAGCGAGAUCCAGCUUCCGUGAGCUGAACCAGGAGGGUGAUUCCAGCACGGAACCCUUCAUCGUCGCACACACGGAGCUGAUCUCCCAUGCGUACGUCGCCGACAUGUACAAGAAGGAGUUCAAGCCCUCGCAAAAGGGCAAAAUCAUGAUCACGCUGCACGGGAAUUGGUCCGAGCCCUGGGACGAGUCGGACCCUCUCGAUGUCGAGGCCGCUGAGCGCGCACGCGAGUUCGAGAUUGCGUGGUUUGCCGAUCCGCUGUAUAAGACGGGGGAUUACCCGGCCUCGAUGCGCGCGCAGCUGGGUGACCGGCUUCCGCGGUUCACGCCCGAGGAGAGCAACUUGGUGCUGGGCAGCUCCGAGUUCUACGGGAUGAACUCGUACUCUGCCUUUUACGUCCGUCACCGCGACGGACCGGCGGACAUCAACGACCACAAGGGCAAUAUUGAGCAGUUCGACGAGAACAAGCAGGGUGUGCCGAGAGGCCCGAUGAGCGACACGUACUGGCUGCGCACGACGCCGUGGGGGUGGGCGAAGUUGUUGCGCUGGAUUUGGAACCGGUACGGGGUGCCGAUCUACAUCACUGAGAAUGGCACGACAGCGAAGGGGGAGCAUGACUGGAAGGCGAAGGGGCCGGACGAUGUCCUUGAGGAUCCGUUCCGAAUUGACUUCUUCAAGAGUUAUCUGACGGAGGUUGCCAAGGCAUCGCAGGAGGGUGUUGUGAUCAAGUCAUACUUUGGCUGGACCUUUACUGAUAACUGGGAGUGGGCGGCAGGCUUCUCCGACAGGUUUGGCGCGACGUGGAUUGACUUUGAUAGUCCGGACAAGACGCGGUAUCCGAAGAGAUCGGCCUUGUUUCUGGGCGAGUUCUUCAACCACCUGAUCAAGAAGGGAGAUGCCAAAUAG